CUGGUGACAGAGAGGACCAUAAACGGCGAUCGAGGUGGAGGCGCAGGCGGAUUAGUGCCAGCGCCAGGCAGGCGGGUUGUUUGUGAUUAACUGCUGCUGGGGGACUGGGGUAUGGAGAUGUUGCGUCGCUCCUCAGUAUUCGCGGCAGAAGUGAUGGAAGUAUUUGACCGAUCCCCCACAGACAAGGAGCUGGUGUCACAGGCGAAGGCGCUAUGCAGGGAUUUCAUCCAUUCCAGGCUGAACAGGACCGGGAUUGGGUGGUCGAAGGCCGAGCAUCAGCUGUCGGCAUCAGGUGGGACGCUUGGAGAGAUCUCCUCUGUCCUCAUGUGGUUAGGUGAUGAGUUGGAGUACCUGCGGCCCAACAUCUACCGUAACGUAGCUCGUCAGCUGAACAUCACCGUUGCGUCUGAGAGCGUGGUGUCUGACGCCUUCCUGGCUGUGGCUGCAGAGAUCUUCUCCACCGGUAUAACGUGGGGGAAGGUGGUGUCCCUGUAUGCGGUAGCCGGUGCCCUGGCGGUGGACUGCGUGAGGCAUGGUCACCCAGCCAUGGUCCACACCAUCGUAGACUGCAUGGGGGAGUUUGUCCGCAAGAGCCUGGUCUCCUGGAUGAAGAGGAGAGGAGGCUGGGCUGAUAUCACAAAGUGUGUGGUGAACACGGACCCCAGCUUCCGCUCCCAUUGGUUGGUGUCUGCGACCUGCGCCUGUGGACAUUACCUGAAGGCCAUGUUGUUUUACCUGCUCCGGGACAAGUGACGACGGAGGACGAGUUGAAUCACGGCCACACGAUGGACAAUCUGCCCCAUCCGCCAGUGUAGGACAGCAGAGCCUUAUCCUGGUCCCAGAUCUGUUCGAGCUCCUGACAACUCUAUUGCUGUCGUUGUCAAGCUAAACAAUUUUUUUUUGUGUGUGUUUUAGAUCAAGGAGUUUGUCAGGACAAAAGUGAGUGACAAGGAGUUGUCAUGACAGCCCAAACAGACUGGCACUCGGCCAACCGGCGUCUGUCUGAAGAGGCAGCCAUCCCUCCUCUAGAGUUCUAGAUGUGUUGUUUGUUUACACCUGCAGACGUUUGCACUGAAUCUGACGAGCACCUCGGGCCUCUUCACAAACAAAUUAAACAAACGCACCGGCAUUGGAACAAUCACCGUGAAUGAGCUUGUUAAGCCACGUCUGCUUUGAAUUUAGGUGUUACGAUUUAGCUCAGUAUUAUUGUGACGUAUCAUGUACAGAUUGUCCAGCCGUAUUGUGAGGUAGUAGCCUAUAUACAUACUGAUCCAUAGCGUUAACAGUUGACUUGAAUGGGAAUUCCCAUUCUAGUUAUUCUAUAUCUAGAUCUCUGUUUUUCUAUAGCUCUCUCUCUUGUCACAUUCCUUGCUUUCUUUAUGCUCACAUAGACUGGUUAACUGACAACGUCACACACACACACACACACACACACACACACACACACACACACACACACACACACACACACACACACACACACACACACACACACACACACACACACACACACACACACACACACACACACACACACACACACAAAACACGCACCCCCUUCUAAGAGGCAGAAGGACGUGUGUUGUGAUGGCCAGAUAGCUGGCAACAAUGAAAAUAAACUGCCAUGUAAGUGGCUCGUUUUGAUCUUGUUCUUGAUACCAUGUCUUGUUUUGAGGUGAUGUUACAUCUAUGCUAAUUUGACUAAUAUUUGCUAGCUAGCGGGCUAACCAACAACUGUAACGAUGUAUUUGAGAGACAACAAGUCCUCAUUGUGCAACUAUAGUUUACAUGUUGUUAACCAUCUAAGCCAACCUUGUCUGUUUUGACCCACAGUUGUGCAUGCAUUGAUUUCAUUGCUAAGCAACCAACCCGUCAUUUACUCCUGGGAAAAUAUUCAAUUUAGAGCAAUGGAAUAUUUGUAUAAAUUUGAGUUUCAUUUAUGCACAUACUGUAUGUGAAGUGACGUGUGGAUAUGGCCCGGACAGAGUGGGAGAAUCUCAAUUGCGAUUUCCCUUGAUUCCUCGAGUCCCCUCUCAUCACCUACUCAAAACCCAUUGGAUGAGCAAGUUAGUGUGUGUGCGUCUGAAAGUUAAAAUCCCAUUCAGACAUUGUUUUGUGCCUGUUUUAUUCCACAAGUUAUUUUAAUUUCAUGAAUAACUUUCACAGUAGCUUACAUAUGAUUAUAUUUGGCAUGCAACACUGAGUGUCAUUUCAGAAAAUAAAAUGUUUUAUACUUCAA